AUGGGCCCUCCAACAGUGGCGAGGCAAACUGCAGCAAGCGUUGCAUUGCCAUCGGGUGCACCUCGUUCUGAGGAUCCCUCUCCAUCUCCAUCCCAGUCAUCGACUGCUGGUGCGGAUGCGACGACCCAUGUGAAGACCGAGGCGGCGCAGGAGCCUCCUCAGGCUGCGCCUUCUGAGCAGGCUACCAGUGAUGAUUUUCAUUUGAUGUGGAGCGAGCUUGAGGCGUAUCUGACAAAGCGUUUUUCUGGUGGCCCUCAGAGUUUGGUUUCCCUGCGGCGUGUGUUGGAGCAUGUGAAGCGGCAGCGAUUGCGGGUGGAGGAGUUGGCCUUCCUUAUUGGAAACUCCUUUCCGGACGCUCCAGAUGUAGCGCUUUGCAUGUCAUUAUUUCUCCCUGACAGGACUUUGAUUCAUGCGGGGAACCCGGCAGCAGCUAUGUGCAUUCUUAUUCAGAACAUGGCCCCUGAUAAGUAUGCGAUAUUCAACAGCAUUCUGAAAAGCUGUAUGGCGCAGAAGACGCAGCGCGGCAGUCGCGACAUUUUGCUUCACCGCAUGCAACUUCUUUUCAGGGGCCAUCCCCUCGUAAUUCGUGCAAUACGAAAGCUUCUCGUUCAACAGUUUUGCAUCGAGAAAAACGGUGGAGUCAUACGGAAAAAUCAGGCGCUUGAGCUGGCCAAGCCAUUUGAUGACGAACCCGUUCAGGUUCAUUCUGCCUUUCGCUUGGCUUAUCAAGUCGGUCUUUCAGGGGGCUGUGCAGAACGGGCACGAGUUCUUGCAUCGAAUGUUCUGCACUUGGUGCGGAUGUUCCUCUCGAAGCGGCUUGCCUUUUCUUCUUUCAGCGAUGAAAUUGAUCGAGUUUUCUCUCCCUUUUCUUCCUGGAUGCACGUUGCUGGAGACAUCAAACAACUCGUCUUGACGAUCUGCAGCACAGACAUCCAAAGAAGCAAAGAAAUUGAACGCGUCGUUAAACUACUCGCCGCACGAAACCCUGCUGCGUGCUGCGACCGGCGCGUUGGUUUGUUGCAUUUAUGCGAUUUGUUUUUGCACGGGGUGGCGAGCCAGUCUUUGUCUUUACGCAUCGAAAUCGAUCACCUCAUUUCUAGGGCCUUAAAAAAAGAAAUUUCUUCUUCUCUCGCUCUCCAGCGCAUCGCCGGUCUCCUCCUUCGCUUCCCUGACUGCUCUGAAAAGCUCGGCGUACUGAUCCGCCUGUUUAAAGACAUUCAACUCCAUGCAAAUGAAACGACAACAAGUGCUGCAGAUGCAGUGCACGCAGAAACAGCAAAUGGGAGACCUGCAACACAGGAUGCAGGAACAGCAAACGGCGAAGAAAAUGCAGCAAGCGCAACAGUUGCAACAGAGGAAAGAAAGACGUCUUAUUCAAACACCAACGAUGAUGCAACGGCCCCAAUAGCAAACAAAACCAAAGAAAUAUCGGCAGAUCCGCUUGUGCUGAAAGAGGAUCCCGAAGGCCUUAAAGGGGAACAGGAAUCAGCAAAUUCACAAAUGAACACAAAAACGGAGCAGGCAGAAAAAGAGCAAAAGCCUGAAGCAGAAAGGGGAGGGGAGGAAAGAAGAGAAGAAAGAGGAGAAGCGUCUGCAGCUGCUGUGAGUUGUGCCCGGCCUGUUCUUUUUUUUGUCUCUCUCCCUGUCUUUAAACCGCAGAUACCAGCGGAACUGGAAUGGACAUCGAAAUUGCAUUUCAUGCUCUGUGCUGAUGCAUCAUCAAAGCAGCAGCAGCAGCAGCAGCAGGAUGAGGCGGAGCAGCAGCAGCAGGAGCACCCGCAGCAGAAAGAACAGGAGGAGCAGCAGAAGCAGGAGAAGUGCCUUUCUGCAGACGCUCUUCAUGUGUAUUCCUCUUUAUGUGCGUCUGUUGCAUCCUCUCAUUCGUGUUUAGAGGCAGUGCGUUGUUUGGUGAUUAUUUUGGAGAGCCAAAAGAAGCCGUUGCAGAGCCGGCCGGUGCUGACGCGGCAACAAUACGAUAAAUUGCCUAAAAACGGCUCAUAUAGAAAACUUCCUGAUGAAUGCAACAACGACACUUGCAGCGGAAGAGAUGCUCUUUCGUGGCAAGUUCUCAAUGAUAGAUGGGCAUUGUUCCCUGACAGCUCAGAGAGCCAGGCUCGUCAGAUGAAUCGGCACGAGGAGGCGCUGCUGACUCUGGCGGAUUCUCGCUAUGAAUGGGAUUUGCGCGUUUGCUUGUUGGAGUCUUGUUUAAAAAGAAUUGAAGCAAUUAAACAGGCAUUGGAACAGUUCCCCGAAGAAGAACGCAAAAACUGCACCGUCAGGCCCUCCUUCUUUCAGCAAACCCACGUCAGCUGUCUUAGGCGCAUCUUCGGCGAUAACACCGAACAGGUCUUGUCGAGUUUGUGUGCGUCUCCUGUAUCUUCUUUAUCUCCAGUGUUGUGCACGCUGCAAACGAAGCUGCAGCAAUGGAGAGCAAUGACAGAAGUGCUGGGAGCAUAUUUCGCUUCUUUGGAGGCUCCGCACUACGCCGGUGCAGUUGACUUUAAAAAAAGAUGUACUGACAACAAACGAACGGGCACAGAAAUCGAAGAACUCCGCAACCCAGACACCCGAAGUAAAAACGCCAGAAACAACAAAAACGAUUCCGCUUAG